CCCCUGGACGUGGCCGGCGGCGCUGAGGGUGACCACCAUGAUCCCCUGGGUGCUCUUGGCCUGUGCCCUUCCUUGUGCAGCUGACCCGCUGCUUGGUGCCUUCGCCCGCAGGGACUCCCAGAAGGGCUCCCCUCAACUCAUCUGCAGCCUGCCUGGCCCCCAGGGCCCACCCGGCCCCCCAGGAGCCCCAGGGCCCUCAGGAAUGGUGGGAAGAAUGGGCUUUCCAGGCAAAGAUGGCCAGGAUGGCCAGGACGGGGACAAGGGGGAAAGCGGAGAAGAAGGUACACCUGGCCGGACAGGUAACCGGGGAAAGCCAGGACCAAAGGGCAAAGCCGGGGCCAUUGGGCGGGCCGGCCCUCGAGGCCCCAAGGGGGUCAGUGGUGCCCCGGGAAAGCACGGCACACCGGGCAAGAAGGGCCCCAAGGGCAAGAAGGGAGAGCCUGGCCUCCCGGGCCCCUGCAGCUGCGGCAGUAGCCACGCCAAAUCAGCGUUCUCCGUGGCAGUGACCAAAAGCUACCCGCGGGAGCGGCUGCCCAUCAAGUUCGACAAGAUCCUGAUGAAUGAGGGCGGCCACUACAACGCGGCCAGCGGCAAGUUCGUCUGCAGCGUGCCGGGGAUCUACUACUUCACCUACGACAUCACGCUGGCCAACAAGCACCUGGCCAUUGGCCUGGUGCACAAUGGCCAGUACCGCAUCCGGACUUUCGACGCCAACACAGGCAACCACGAUGUGGCCUCGGGCUCCACCAUCCUGGCUCUGAAGCAGGGUGACGAGGUCUGGCUGCAGAUCUUCUACUCAGAGCAGAAUGGCCUCUUCUAUGACCCAUACUGGACCGACAGCCUAUUCACAGGCUUCCUUAUCUACGCCGACCAGGACAACCCCAAUGAGGUGUAGACAGGCCAGUGCUGGGUCUUCAAGGAGGGCACCAGCUCCAGGACUUGGGCUUCCAGAGCAAGACCCCUAAACUGUCUGUUGGGGACUGGAAGUCGGGAGCUUCUAACCUCAGGCCGAACUCCUCUGCCCCUCUUUUCCUCAAUCAUUAAAUCCAAGCUCUU